AUGCAGAAGCUGUGGCUGCCCCUGGAUCCCGUCCAAGGCCGGGGGUGGAGCCGCCCGGGACAGCGGGAGACGCCGGGGUCGAAACGGGACGAGCUCCAAGACCCCACCCCGCGCUCCCCCGACUCUCCUCCCCUCCGGGAUCCCCGCGCUGACCCCCCCCCCUCACCUCCCCGUGCCCUCCCUCUCGUCUCUGCCCCUCCCGCAGGUUACGGGCACGCCGCCCCCAGCACGGACGGGGGGAAGGUGUUCUGCAUGGUGUACGCGCUGCUGGGCAUCCCCCUGACGCUCGUCAUGUUCCAGAGCCUGGGCGAGCGCAUCAACACCCUGGUGCGGCACCUCCUGCGCCGCGCCAAGCAGGGGCUGGGCAUGCGGCGGCCCGAGGUGUCCAUGGCCAACAUGGUGGCCAUCGGCUUCUUCUCCUGCCUCGGCACCCUCUGCGUGGGCGCCGCCGCCUUCUCGCACUACGAGCGCUGGAGCUUCUUCCACGCCUACUACUACUGCUUCAUCACCCUCACCACCAUCGGCUUCGGCGACUACGUGGCGCUGCAGAAGGACCAGGCGCUGCAGAACCAGCCGCAGUACGUGGCCUUCAGCUUCGUCUACAUCCUCACGGGGCUCACGGUCAUCGGCGCCUUCCUCAACCUGGUGGUGCUGCGCUUCAUGACCAUGAACGCCGAGGACGAGCGGCGGGACGCCGAGCACCGGGCGCUGCUCUCCUCCUCCUCCUCCGCCUGCCGCCGCUGCCCCCGGAGCGCUGUCCCCCCCGACGUCGCCUCCCCCGAGCCCCUCCCGGCCGCGCCCGCCGCGGGGGCCGGAGCCGGAGCCGGAGGAGGAGGAGGAGGAGGAGGAGGAGGAGGAGGGCUGCGGAACGUGUACGCCGAGGUGCUGCACUUCCAGUCGGUGUGCUCGUGCCUGUGGUACAAGAGCCGCGAGAAGCUGCAGUACUCCAUCCCCAUGAUCAUCCCCCGGGACCUCUCCUCCGCCUCGGAGCAGCAGCAGCAGCAGAGCCACGGCGGCGGUGGCCGCGGCGACGGUGGCCACGGCGGCGGUGGCCACGCCGAGCCCGCCCCGCAGCGCUGCCCGUGCGGCGCCCGGCGCUCGGCCGUCAGCUCCGUGUCCAGCGGGCUCCAGAGCCUGGAGCCCUUCCCGGGGCUCAGGAAGCGCCGCAGCUCCGUGUAGAGACCCCUCGGCACUUCUCCCCCCCCCCCCCCCCCGCCUCCUCCCCGGACAACCCCCCGGACCGAGGGAUUCGCUGGGCCGGGGGGCUGCGGAGGGACCCCCGUGCUCCUCGGGGGCUGAGGAGGGACCCCCGCGCUCCUCGGGGGCUGAGGAGGGACCCCCGCGCUCCUCGGGGGCUGAGGAGGGACCCCCGCGCUCCUCGGGGGCUGAGGAGGGACCCCCG